AUGAAUCGAGAACUUGAGGAAACUUCUUAAAACCAGGAAAAUAAAAAUUCAAAGGAGGAAGAUGAAAAGAAGUUCAAAUUACUUAAACAGCAUUUUAGAGCUUAAUUCAAAGAAUCAUAUAAAUAUAUAGGUAAAAUAAUAAAUAAGCAUAUUAGGUUUUAAUUUACUAUUCAGUUUUGGAAAGUAUUUAGUUUGCUUUUAUAGUUUGUAACAACGUGAUUAAUAAUGUGAUGUUAAUCCAUUAUUUGUCUGGUUGACUAUAGUUGGUAUGUAUGAAUUUUUCAAUUCAAUCAGGUAUUUUAUUCCAUAAAUGUUCUAGGUAUUUGGCUGUGCUCUAUUCAUUAUAGAUGAAUUCCAAAGAUAUAUUCUUAUUGGUAAUGGCAGAAAUGUUGACAAAAGAUUCAAAUGAAUAAAUGAAUCUUUAAGGAAUGGAAGAAAAGAAUAAGUAAAAAAAUAAUUCUAAAUUAAAACUUUAGACGAAACCAAAUUAAAACUCUUAUCAAAAUGAAAUUAUCAACAAGAGACAUAAGAGAAGAAGAAUUAAUAGCUGAACCACCAUUUACUCAAUAUGAAAUUAUACAUUAAGCUGAAGCAUUAAAUAAAUACACUCGUCUUAUGAAAGUUUACAAUUAAUUCAUUUUCUACCUUAUUUUUACAGGAGGUAAUAUUGCUUACUUCUAAUCAGAUUCAAAUGAUUGUGAUGAUAGUAACUAUUUUAAUUAAUUUUAUACUAGGUUUAAAUAAUGUUACUUUUGUACUAUUAUUGAUAGGGUAUUUGUUUUCUGCAUUUCUGAUUAUUGGAUUUGGAUUAGCUAUUAUAUCUAUGGCAUUAUAUAUGCCUAUUAUCCUCUUCUUAUUUAUAUUUAAAACUAUAGGUAAAAUUUAUAAGAGAAUUCAAACUAAAGUAAUUAUUCUUAUUAUAUUUUUAGAGUAAAUUCAAAAAGAUGAAUAAGUUUGAAUUCAAAAGUGUUCCUGAAUUCUGUUCCAUUUAAUAAUAAUGCAAUAUUUGUAUGUGUGAUUAUGAAGAUAAUGAUUUAAUUGUAUAAUUGCCUUGCAGUAUUAAGUAAAUUCUUAAUAUUAAAUUAUAGACAUCAUUUCCAUGAUCAUUGUCUUCAAUAAUGGGUAAUAAUAAAAUAAUAAUGCCCUGUUUGUCGUAAAUUAAUUUGA